CUUCUCUCCUUCUAUUAUUCAAUUAAGAGACACGCUUUUCUCGUCAUUGAAGCUCUCACUUUGCUUCGGCUACCUCUCUUUGGUGCUUUCCUCAGAUCUUUCUCAGUUUAUACACCAUUAUCUUAUUCCUAAAAAGAAAAAUUCCAGAUCAAGGAGUACUUCUUGUAUUUAUCUUCUUGUAAUCGCUUCUAACAAAAUCUCUUAAAAAAUUCUCUUCCUAUCACUCCCACCGCUGCUAAAGCGUCCUUUUGUAUCUUUCUCCUUGUUGCUUACAACCAGCAAAUCGUAUAAUUCUGCGAAAAUGCAUUGGCUUAUCUUUUCCGUUCUCUUUUGUUGCUCGCUUUUUGCCUUCUUCUCCAGCGGUUCUGCUUCCGGUGAGGUGGUCACAUGCUCCGGGAUAGUGCCGCUGAGCUACCGAAACGACAAGAUUUCUAUAACGGACUUUGGCGGUGUUGGUGAUGGGAGAACUUUAAACACUAAGGCGUUUAGGGCGGCAAUAUAUCGGAUACAGCAUCUCAGAAGGAGAGGAGGCACGCUGCUUUACAUACCUCCUGGGGUGUACUUAACAGAGAGCUUUAACCUUACUAGCCACAUGACUCUCUACUUGGCCAGGGGUGCAGUAAUCAAAGCCGUUCAGUAUACAGGGAACUGGCCUCUGAUUGCGCCCUUGCCAUCUUAUGGAAGAGGACGGGAGCUCCCUGGUGGAAGGUAUAUGAGCUUUAUUCAUGCAGAUGGAGUUCGUGAUGUGGUGAUCACUGGAGAAAAUGGAACAAUUGACGGCCAAGGAGAUGUCUGGUGGAACAUGUGGAGGCAGCGUACUCUCCAGUUUACAAGACCAAAUCUUAUUGAGUUCAAGAAUUCCAGAAGUAUCCUAAUUUCCAAUGUGAUUUUCCGAAACUCCCCUUUCUGGAACAUUCACCCAGUAUAUUGCAGCAACGUUGUCAUCCGUUAUGUCACUAUCUUGGCCCCAACUGACUCUCCUAAUACUGAUGGAAUUGAUCCAGAUUCAAGCUCUAAUGUUUGCAUAGAGGACUCUUACAUUUCUACUGGAGAUGAUCUUGUGGCUGUGAAGAGUGGAUGGGAUGAGUACGGGAUUGCUUAUGGUCGCCCUAGCUUUGGCAUUACAAUUCGCCGGAUUACAGGGUCAUCUCCAUUUGCUGGGAUAGCUAUAGGAAGUGAAACCUCUGGCGGGGUGCUAAAUGUGUUGGCUGAGCACAUCAACCUUUUCGACAUGGGAGUCGGCAUCAAUGUGAAAACAAAUAUUGGUAGAGGGGGAGUGAUUGAGAACAUCACAAUUUCUGAUGUUUACAUGGAAAAUGUCCGUACAGGGUUAAAGAUUGCUGGUGAUACUGGGGAUCACCCUGAUGACAAAUUUAACCCGAACGCACUCCCAGUUGUGAAGGGCAUCACGAUUAAGAAUGUCUGGGGGGUGAAGGUCCAGAGAGCAGGUUCGAUAUUAGGCUUGAAGGACUCUCCCUUUACAGGGAUCUGUCUCGCAAAUGUUAACCUGCAUGGUCUGACAGGACCAAGAGAUCCUACAUGGAAGUGCUCAGAUGUAAGUGGAGCUGCGCUCAAGGUUAGUCCAUGGCCAUGUUCGGAGCUGGCUAGCACCUAUUACAGUGAUUCAUGUUCUGAUCAGUUUUGAAGAUGCAUUCAACUUUUUGAAUCUAUCAUUUAGCCAUCGCCAACUACAAGAGCUUCCUGCAAAAUCUGUGAAAAGGCAAAUCAGCACAACGCUACAAUACAAUGCGGAUAGUGGAAAUUAUGAUGACAAGAAUCUUGGACUCAACCAUCUUUUUAUUUUUUUAGUUUGAUUUUUUGAUUUGUAUGAUUAUGUAUAUGUUUGUUGAUGAAAGCAUAUAUAAAAUGUUGUUUAUGGAUUAA